AUGCCGAGCAAGCGACAGAUGCUCAAGCAAGUGGCUCUGUCGCCACUGUCGCUCUUGUCGCUGUUGCCUAUUCCGUCACCGCAGCAGCUUCUGCUGUCGACGCUCUCGCUCGGUCCAAUUCCGCGCCACAUCGCGUUCGUCAUGGAUGGCAACCGUCGUUGGGCACGUACAUCGCACCAUUCAAUCCAACACGGCCAUCUGACCGGCUUCGCAACGCUCAAAUCCGUGCUCGAAGUGUGUCUGAACCUUGACGGUCUCGACACGGUCACUGUGUACGCGUUUGCGAUCGACAAUUUUCGUCGCAGCGAAGCCGAGGUGAGCACUUUGAUGCAGAUCGCCAAGACCAGGCUGAUCGAAUUGGCAGGGCAUGGAGAAUUGAUCGCUCGCUAUUCGGUGCGUGUACGCAUUGCCGGAAGGAAGGACUUGCUACCCGCCGACGUGAGGGAGGCGGUGGAGAGGAUGGAGAACAUGACAAAACACAAUACAAGGGCAACGCUCAACAUCUGCAUGCCAUACGCUAGCAGGGACGAGAUCACGGGUGCGGCUCGCACCUGUCUCGAUCGCAAGCUAAGGCACGUUGAAAGGGCGGCCGUAGCUGCGCAAGCGCAGCAGAUCGCCCAGAACAACAGCCAUUCAUCGCUCCACCAUCUACUCGAUGACAUCGACUUUUCCAUCAGCGCACAAGACCUCGAGCAUAACAUGCAAUUGGCGCAUUCGCCACCGCUCGAUAUCCUUGUGCGCACCUCGGGCGUUUCCAGGCUGAGCGACUUUAUGCUCUGGCAGUGCACAGACUCGACGCAUUUGCAUUUCGUUGACAAAUUCUGGCCGCAGUUUGGCCUGGUUGACUUGAUCCCCAUCAUCCUCGAGUGGCAGCGCCAACAGUGGAGCUUGUCGAUUCGCAAAUCGUGCGGUUGGCAGUGA